UGUUGAAGAAAUGGCUUUAAAAAAGAAGCAAGAAAAGGUAUGACCAACGAAGAAGCUGAAUUUUCAGUCGAAACUGAAUUGGAUCAUCAAGUAUACUUAUGGUCGGAUAAGUACCGACCACGAAAACCUAGAUAUUUAAAUAGGUAAACAAUAGAAUAAAUUGUAUUUACUUUAAAUGUUUAAAUUACCUAUUAUAAAAUGUUGUAUUAAAAUUAAUUUAAUAUGCAUAGGGUACAUACUGGAUCUGAGUGGAAUAAGUACAAUAUAACUCAUUAUGACAUGGAUAAUCCUCCACCAAAAAUUGUUCAAAGAUAUAAGCUUAAUAUAUUUUAUCAAGAUUUAAUAAAUAAAGGUUCAACUCCACAAUAUUUCUUGACUGCUUGCGGAGAUAACCCAGAAUUUGCAGUCUUGAGAUUCCAUGCUGGUCCUCCACAUGAAGAUAUUGCAUUCAAGAUUGUAAACAGAGAAUGGGAAUCCUAUAAAAGAGGAUUUCGUUGCCAGUUUCAUAACAAUAUUUUUCAGUUAUGGUUUCAUUUCAAACGCUAUCGAUGUAGAAGAUAA